CGCCCCCUUACAAGUCGGAUAUCGAGGUACUGUGUAUGUACUGCGUGGCAGCCUGCUCCAGGAAGAGAUAAAAGAGCAUAGCUAUGAAGCUCUAUCCUGGAUGGACAUUACAAUCAAGAUCUCUGAGUCGCAGUCCGAGUCAGCAGAUACGAGUCAAAGGACUGACAACACUUCAGCCAACCUAGCGCUGCCUGCUUCCAGUGGAACCGCCAAUAGCACCGCCUCGAGAAGAGGAAUGCCAUGUAUAUCCAGCCUGAAUAAAGGUUUCUCUACGGUCUGGACUCAGAUUGCUGGUUGGCAUAUUGCGGCCCUGGCUGCACGCCGGCUUGUUACUCGGUUACGAGCUAGGCAUUGCGGACGGCUUGCCUCUACUGCCAGAGUCUGAGAAGCUGCAUCUACGACUGCUCAGAGCAGUUCGAAUUGAGAGUUGAGGCGAAAAUAGCCGAACUUCUGAUCGCGCCGUAGAGCCUGCAGUUUAU